AUGGAAGAAAAUUUAACGAUGAAUGAUAAUCGUCAUCAUGAUAAUAGUUAUGUAUCAACAUGUACUAUACGUGGUGCACCUAUUGUAAGUUUAAUUACGGAUGGCAAAGAACGUUUAUGUUUGGCGCAAAUAUCAAAUGAUUUAUUAAAAGAUUUUAGUUAUAAUGAAAUACAUAAUCGACGUGUUGCAUUAGGUAUAACUUGUGUUCAAUGUACACCUGUUCAGUUAGAAUUACUUCGACGAGCAGGUGCUAUGCCAAGUUCAUCUCGACGUUGUGGUAUGAUAACUCGUCGUGAAGCUGAACGUUUAGUUAAUUCAUUUCUUGAAUCAACCAAACCAUUAAAUUUACCGGAAAAUUUUGUUUUUGAAGUUUAUCAUCAUUGCGCAUGGGGAUGUCGUGGUUUAUUUAUACCAAUAAGAUACAAUAGUUCACGAGCAAAAUGUAUCAGAUGUUCAUUUUGCGACAGUUUUCUUUCACCAAAUAAAUUUAUAUUUCAUUCUCAUCGUUUACCCAAUGUAUCUUAUGUACAACCGGAUAGUCCAAAUUUUAAUGCAUGGCGUCGUCAUUUACGUUUACAUAAUCCAACACAUAGUGAAGAUUUACGAGAUGCAUGGGAAGAUGUUAAAGCUAUGUUUAAUGGUGGAAAUAGAAAACGAACAGCAUCAGCAACAGGAAUUUCUUCUCAUAAUUCGAAAUUAUCAAAAACGAAUAAUAAUAAUAAUAAUAAUACUACAGAUGAAAGUAAUGAGCAAGUCAAUGAAGAUAAUGAUGAAGAUAGAGAAGGAGAUGACUAUGAUGAUAUUGACAAAAUUGAAGAUAAAAAAGAAGUAGAAGAAGAAGAAGAAGAGGAAGAAAAAAUAAUUGUACCGACUCCACCACCAGCAAAAAUAUCAAAAACAAGAACAAAAGAAAAAAAAUUACCAACUCAUAAUGUUGUUUCAUCAACAACAGCUGAUGAACAAUUACCUGAUAUGAACAUGUUUCUUCCUCCUCCACCUCCUUUAUUAUCAGCUCCACCAUCAACGAAUUAUUUUCCUUUUCCUCCACCAUUAUCAUCAUCAAAUCCAUUAUCUCUUGUAACUCUUAAUUCAACAGAUUGGUUACAAUUUUUUCGUUCACCAUUAUUUGUUCCAAGUUCAUUUCGUUUACCAAUAUCAACGAUGCCAAGACGAUUUCCAUUUGAUAUUACUCAUCAAAAUCCAUCAAUUAUUGGUAGUAGUUCACAUUCAGCUUUUAAACCACCAAUUCCAAAACAUGACUAA